CGCUUGUCAAGUCUCUUGCUGACUCCCUCAGUCUGUUUUUAUCACUGCUCUGUCGAAAAGCUACAAAAUCAGAAAUCUAAGGUUUAAGGGAGAUUGUGAAAAUAAUAACAAGAAAAGCUGUUUGGGGGUUACGGUUUUGGCUGUUCGUAUUACGACUAGCUGGGAUACGCAACUGUAUACUUCUGCGCUGGGAACUGUCACAACUGAAAUUGGUGGAUGCAUGGAAACAGAAACUAAUCAUUUUUACUGUCGGAGAUAUCGGGGGAGAAAAAAACGACGCCUUUCCCCUUGGCUUACCAGAAACACAUCCACCUGACCAAGUUGGAUGUAGUAAUUAAGUUGGUGCUGAGACGUUCCAGUGGGUGUCUACCAACUAUUAGAGCCCGCUAGAGCUGGAAGCUGAUUGGCUGACAGUAAACCCAUGAAACAACUAUGGAGACCAAAAGACAACAAUGCUUCCUUGAUAGAAUAAACAAUGAGAAAAGGUUGAGUCAAGUGCCUAAAUCAAUGGAGAACAGCUGUUCUUUGGAUGGAAAUCAGACCGAAGAUAAUGCAUUGAUGGAGAUCCUAAAUGUCACAGCUACUGGCUUCAAGGAAAACGGUGGGAAAAAGUCAGAACAGUAUUUGGCUUUUCAGCAUCACAAUCAGAAAUGUGUUUUCCCAACUUUAAAUAACAACACAACUAUUAAGUUGGAGACAGACUCCAAGGAACUUUCCAAAACUGUUGCUGAGUCUAUGGGCUUGUAUAUGGACUCUGUAAGAGAUGUUGAUUAUAGUUUUGGUCAACAGAAUCAACAAGGACAUUCAAGCCCUGCAAAGGGCUAUCCAAACAGCGAGCAGCAGAUGUAUAAAAGUGAAGAGAAUCUGUGUGCGUCAGCUACAAGCCCCAAAAUGAACACUUUGGGUUCACUUAUCUCGUCCCCUUACUCUGCAAUCUCCAACCUUUCUAAUAUUAAUUUAAUGGAGUGCUCAGCCAGCAGCCCAGCCAGCACCAGCAAUAUGGCUGCUUCUGUUUAUAGUCCCCAGAACACAAACACCUCUAUUUCCAGCCCUGUUAAUAACAAUCUAGUGUCCUCAACCACUAGCCCUCUUGUGGAUCCUUUCACUGGUGUUAGCAGCCCCCUUGACUACAGCUCUGGGGUAUCAAACCUCUCUAAUGUACAUGCAAGAACCGCUGCUGCUUGUAGUCCCACAAAUACUCCACUUUCAAGCCCUCUGAGUACUAUGAGAUCACCCAUCUCAAGUCCCCAAAGUAUGUGCAGUGUGAAAUCUCCUGCCUCGAGCACUGCUAACAUGAGAUCUUCUGUACCAAGCCCUAUUGGUAAAAACAUUAACAUUAACAACAUGCGAGCCUCCAUUUCAAGUCCUUUGGCUGUUACAAACAUGUCAGUAGUGAGCCCUCCAUAUAACUCAACAGGGUUUCCCAUCUCCAGCCCUGUUGGUGGACUUGGUCUGGUUCAGAAUGAUAUUAACAGCCCAGACGACAGCGACCAUGAUAUGAAAAGGUUUGAAUUUGCAAAGGUUGAAAAAACAGAUGGCGAAAUGUAUAGUUGCAGGGUAGAUGUGAUGGGCAAGUUCAUUAAAAAUGAACCUGGCACUGGUUUUGAUAACAUGUGUCUCUUAGGUGACAACAAGCCAAACUUACCCAGUUCUCAUUUUGCCACACAUAUUAAGAAUGAAUCGGAUAAAGGCUCAUCUUGCCUGAAUGCACAUUGUAACGGACAGCAGCAACCUUUGGUCCCCUUCCCUGUUUCAGAAACCACUUACUUGUCUUUGAGGGACAAUAUGGAUGAGUACAGCCUUUCUGGGAUUUUAGGACCACCUUUUGCUUCACUAAAUGGCAAUUACGAACAUGAGGCAUUUUCUAACAAUGCCCUUCCUAAGAGAAUUAAACAGGAGCCUGACGAUGGCUGCUAUUACCAAGAGAAUAAUAACAUGCCAACAUCAGCUAUUGUUGGAGUUAAUUCAGGUGGACAUUCAUAUCAUUACCAGAUUGGAGUGCAAGGAGCAAUGUCUUUUUCACAACCUGACGCGAGAGACCAAUCAAACCCUCUUCUAAAUCGAAUUUCAACGGGUACGGCUGUGAUGGAGACAUGGAAAUCUCACCCUGGCCUAUCACAAGGCUCUCUGCCAUCAAGAGGCGAUGGCUAUCUGCUGCAAAGAUGUAUUCCAGAAAACAUGAGCUCAUCAAUGAGAAACUCCUCUUCCAGUUCAUCAGCCCCUGCAAAGGUGUGUUUGGUGUGUGGGGACGAGGCUUCUGGAUGUCACUAUGGGGUUGUUACCUGUGGCAGCUGCAAGGUUUUCUUCAAACGAGCCGUAGAAGGACAGCACAACUACCUGUGUGCAGGAAGAAAUGACUGUAUUAUUGACAAGAUUCGUCGGAAAAACUGCCCUGCUUGCCGGGUACGGAAGUGUCUCCAGGCUGGAAUGAACUUAGGAGCCCGGAAGUCAAAGAAGUUGGGGCAAUUAAAAGGGGUAAACGAAGAGCAGCAGCUACGGAGCCCAAAGGAAGGCCAGACGUACUUGACUACAGAGAAGGAGUUAAGCACCAGCACCACCCUCGUCCCACACGUUCCUGGCAUGACACCAUACCUUGCGCCAUCCAUCAUCAGUGUCCUAGAAAUCAUUGAACCAGAAGUCGUGUAUGCAGGCUACGACAGCACGCAUCCUGACACAACAGACCACCUGCUCUCCAGCCUCAACCAGCUGGCCGGGAAGCAGAUGAUAAGAGUCGUCAAAUGGGCAAAAGUACUUCCAGGAUUCAGAAGCUUGCCGAUUGAAGACCAAGUCACCCUCAUUCAGUACUCUUGGAUGUGUCUUUCAUCAUUCUGUCUCAGCUGGAGAUCAUACAAACAUACCAGCGCUCAGAUGUUGUAUUUUGCACCCGACCUUGUCUUCAAUGAGGAGCGGAUGCAGCAGUCAGCAAUGUACGGUUUGUGCCAGGGGAUGCGGCAGGUGAGCCAGGAGUUUGUGCGGUUGCAGCUUACCCAUGAAGAGUUUCUUGCCAUGAAAGUACUGUUGCUGUUAAGUACGGUUCCCAGAGACGGUCUCAAGAACCAUGCAGCAUUUGAGGAAAUGAGAGUAAACUACAUUAAAGAGCUGAGGAGGUCUGUGGGUAAGGCUACCAACAACUCUGGACAGACGUGGCAGAGGUUCUACCAGCUGACUAAACUGCUGGAUGCCACGCAUGAUUUGGUGGGCAGUCUGCUGGAUUUCUGCUUCUACACGUUCCGAGAGUCCCAGGCCCUGAAAGUGGAGUUCCCCGACAUGCUGGUGGAAAUAAUCAGUGACCAGAUAUUAAAGGUGGAAGCUGGCAUGACCCGGACACUGUACUUUCACAAGAAGUGACUUGAAAACAGAGCAUCUUCAAGAAGGACUUUGCCUUAAAGUUGCCUAUUUUAUUCCACACCCACAAGCAAGGGGAUAAAUAUUUUCUCAUGCAUACAUAUGCUCUUCAGCUCCGGAACCUGUCUGGAGGGAAUGACCAAGGAGAAGGAUGGUCUUUAAAUCUUGCACUGAAAAGGACUUUUGAGAGUAUACCCCCGAAGACUACGACAUGGAUACAAAGCCAUAUAUAGUUGUUGUCGACAUCCUGACUUAAACACUGGUAAAGCUUAAUUAGCUAAUGUGGCUUUCGUGUGGUUUUUGUUUUUUACUGGAGGUUUACAGGGAGUAAAGCUGGAGGUUGACUGCAUUGUAAUAAUGUACCCAACUCCAAGACCAGAUUUCUGUUUUUGUUUUGAAAGAUAAUGCAUUCAAGGCACCUGAGAAGGUCUGAGCAUCAAUUGAGCAGGUUUUUUUCCAUUUUGGAGUAG